CAGGAACGCAGGGGCAAACCGAAAUCCAUACUAGUCUCUCACUGUCACUGGUGCGCGAGGUAGUGUCGUCAACUGUUAGACCAUCAAAGAAGAAGCUCAGUGCUUCCGCGGAGAAACCAGUGAAGUAAGUGAAGAGAGAAAAAGCAAAACGGAUUACUCAAUGGCAGCGAGUCCUGCUCUCUUCAACCCUUCCUUUCUUCUUCCUCCAAAGCCGCCAAGUGAGGCCCCGUCGUCUUUCCUCUACUCCAGUCCCAUUUCCAUUACUCCUUUCUCCACGGCUUCCUUCGGUUCAUCUACCCAUUUGUUUCAUCGACCUCGUGUAAGCAGCGGGACCAUAGCCAGAGCUUCCCUUAAGGAGAAACUGGGUGAAUUAAGAGACAGGGUAGCUGAUGUGACGAGCUUAAACCAGUGGGUUGUUAAGGAUUACUAUCGCCUAGUUGAGUCUGUUAAUGGGUUUGAGCCGCGAAUUCAGAAGCUUUCCGAUGAGCAGUUGACUGCAAAAACUGAGGAGUUUAGGACCAGACUGAAACGAGGGGAGACGCUGGCAGACAUUCAAGCUGAGGCCUUUGCUGUCGUUCGGGAAGCUGCUAGAAGGAAGCUUGGUAUGCGUCAUUUUGACGUGCAGAUUAUUGGUGGUGCAGUGCUUCAUGAUGGAUCAAUUGCUGAGAUGAAAACUGGGGAGGGAAAGACAUUGGUUUCGACAUUAGCUGCGUAUCUGAAUGCACUAACCGGUGAGGGUAUCCAUGUGGUCACUGUGAAUGAUUACCUUGCUCAACGUGAUGCUGAGUGGAUGGGCCGUGUUCAUCGCUUCCUGGGUCUUUCUGUUGGUCUCAUUCAGAAGGGUAUGACAUCUAAAGAGCGAAGGUCCAAUUACAGAUGUGAUAUAACAUACACUAAUAAUUCAGAACUUGGUUUUGAUUAUUUACGAGAUAAUCUUGCGGGAAGUGAUGAACAACUUGUUAUGAGAUGGCCGAAGCCGUUUCAUUUUGCGAUAGUUGAUGAAGUGGAUUCAGUUCUCAUUGAUGAAGGAAGAAAUCCUUUGUUAAUCAGUGGUGAGGCGAAUAAAGAUGCUGCAAGAUAUCCGGUUGCUGCUAAAGUAGCUGAGCUGCUCUUAAGGGGAAUUCACUAUAAUGUGGAGCUUAAAGAUAACUCAGUGGAGUUGACUGAGGAGGGAAUAGUUCUAGCUGAGAUGGCGCUCGAAACAAACGAUCUUUGGGAUGAAAAUGAUCCUUGGGCUAGAUUUGUGCUAAAUGCUCUGAAAGCUAAAGAGUUCUACAGGCGAGAUGUACAAUACAUCGUUAGAAAUGGGAAGGCCCUCAUAAUUAAUGAGUUGACAGGAAGGGUGGAGGAGAAGAGGAGAUGGUCUGAAGGAAUUCACCAGGCUGUAGAGGCAAAAGAAGAUUUGCAAAUACAGGCUGAUACUAUUGUGGUUGCGCAAAUCACGUACCAAUCACUGUUUAAACUCUACCCAAAGUUGUCAGGAAUGACUGGAACCGCGAAAACUGAAGAAAAGGAGUUCCUGAAAAUGUUCCAGGUGCCAGUGAUUGUGGUGCCAACAAAUCUUCCAAAUAUUCGUAAAGAUUUACCCAUACAAGCUUUUGCAACUGCACGUGGGAAAUGGGAUCAUGCACGUCGAGAAGUCGAAUACAUGUUUGAACAAGGGCGCCCUGUUUUAGUUGGAACAACUAGUGUUGAGAACUCUGAGUAUCUUUCUGAUCUACUCAAGGAGUGGAAGAUCCCACACAAUGUCUUGAAUGCACGACCUAAGUAUGCUGCAAGGGAAGCUGAGAUUGUUGCCCAGGCAGGGCGAAAACAUGCCAUUACUAUUUCCACAAAUAUGGCAGGUAGAGGCACUGAUAUUAUUCUUGGUGGAAAUCCCAAGAUGCUUGCAAAAGAAGUCUUAGAGGACAGCUUGCUUUCUUAUCUAACACAGGAAAGGCCAGCUACUGAAAUCGAUGACAUCAGAUCAUCUGACAAGGUGUUAUCAAAGAUACGUGUUGGUGCAACAUCUUUAGCUUUAUUAGCAAAAACAUCAUUGAUGGCUAAAUAUGUGGGUAAAAGUGAAGGUAAGAGCUUGACAUAUGAAGAUGCAAAGUCAGUGAUCUCAAAGUCUGUUGAAAUGAGUCAGUCGUUGGGCGUGGAAGAGCUACAAAAGCUUGUCGAUGAGGAGUCUGAGAUGUAUCCCCUCGAACCAACUAUAGCACUUGCUUAUCUAUCAGUUCUUAAGGACUGCGAAGCGCAUUGCUUCAAUGAGGGUUGUGAAGUGAAAAGGCUUGGUGGCCUCCAUGUGAUAGGUACAUCUUUGCAUGAAUCACGAAGAAUUGAUAAUCAGCUUCGUGGACGAGCAGGAAGGCAAGGAGAUCCUGGAUCUACACGAUUCAUGGUGAGCUUGCAGGAUGAAAUGUUUCAGAAGUUCAAUUUUGAUACCGAGUGGGCUGUGAACCUCAUCUCAAAGAUCACUGAUGAUGAAGAUAUACCGAUCGAGGGUGAUUUUAUUGUGAGACAGCUUUUAGGGUUGCAAAUCAAUGUGGAGAAGUACUACUUUAGCAUCAGAAAGAGCCUGGUCGAGUUUGAUGAAGUAUUAGAGGUACAAAGGAAACAUGUCUAUGACCUUCGCCAAGUGAUUUUAACAGGUGAUAGUGAAAGUUGUAGUCAACACAUAUUCCAGUAUAUGCAGGCCAUCGUGGAUGACAUUGUAUUUCACAAUGCUGAUCCCCAGAAGCAUCCACGAAACUGGAAUUUGGGAUUGAUUUUGAAGGAGUAUAUCAAUAUCGGAGGAAAUUUGUUGGAUGAUGCAUUUGCAGGAAUCACUGAAGAAGCUUUGCUGGAAUCUCUCACAAAACCAGAGGAAUCUAGUUCUAUAGACAUCAAUAGUUUUUGCCUUCCAAACAUGCCAAAGCCACCAAAUUCAUUCAGAGGGAUCCGAAAGAAGUGUUCGUCAUUAAAGCGUUGGCUUUGUAUUUGUUCUGAUGAUUCAUAUAAGAAUGGGAGAUACAGGACAACAACCAAUCUUCUCCGGAAGUACCUUGGAGACUUUCUUAUUGCUUCAUAUUGCAGUGUCAUAGAAGAAUCAGGAUACGAUGAUACAUAUAUCAGAGAAAUCGAGAGAGCAGUUCUCCUGAAGACUGUGGACUGUUUCUGGAGAGAUCAUCUUAUUAAUAUGAACAGACUCAGUUCAGCGGUACUGUCUAUUAUUCAAGGUUUGGUCGAGAUAUUUCCUUGACAAUGGUGCAAGCUGAUUGUUCAUCAGUUACUAUAUUGAUUUGAUGGCAAGUUCCUUGCACUUCUGUAUGUUUUGUUUGGCAACCGAAGAUCCAGCUUCUAUACACUGAUGAGGUAUGAUGUUCUUCCUCGGAAAUGUGAAGUUCCAAAGCAAUACACACCUAUUGUUAUCGGCUGAAAGUAUAGGUAUCUGUCAAGAGAAUUAGAAGUUCAAUACCAAGUUUCAGCCAUCAAAAGUCAUUCUAGACUUGCCAAAACAAAUACCCUGCUCCUAAGAAAAGAGGAAGUUUUGAACAGGAAACUACAGUACAUCAUUUAGCUCACAAGUUGUAUCCGUCUUUCAGCACCUUUACUUAACUACUGCCUUUCGUCUUGGAACGAUGAUUAAUGCUCCACCUGUUGCCAAUGCAUCGGUGCAAAUCUGGGGCAAACUUGGAUCUCUUCACCCAACAGGACAGCUCAUGUACAUAUUAGUAUAGGUCAUCAAUCUGGUCUUUUCGACAGAUUCCUGUAGAUUUCUGGUUCGGUCAUUUUCCUUAUCAUUUAUGGUGGUGAACCCGGUCGAUGUUUGUAAUGCCAGUAUAUGAGUGUUUUUGGUUGUGUGCAGCAGAUGGUUGGCAAGUAUAAGUAGGCUUCUGUACUUGUGGAAGUGAAGCACAAAUAGUGUAUGUUUGAUGUUUCUGUCUUCUCCAAGGAGAUUGUCAUAGUUCUCUUCAUAGAGAGAUUUUAUUGUAUCCAAAAAAAAAAUAUCUAACUACAUUUGCUU